AUGACGAGUUCUGCGCGGACUGUGCUUGAUCCUUGUACUUUCAUUAUGGUUUUGGCGAAAUUAAUUAAUGAUGUUGAGAAUGAUUGUUUAAGAAGAGUUGCCUUACAGUCUACUAGGCUAGGCCUAAUGAGAUCAAUUAACCAAUAUCGAGAUUUGUCGAAACAGUGCAAGAAGUAUGCUUCUGAUCUGCUUGAGAUGUGUCAGAGUACAGAAGACGUCGAAACGCUAUUGAAUAUGGAUGGUACAACUCUUGAAAACGUUACAGACGACAACGAGUCGAAAGAAACUGGAACGUUAGAUCUUGGAAGAGUAAAGCAAGCCAUAAUUUACAAGCAGAAAGCCUUUGUGGCCCAUCCGCACUGCCAACAUCUACUUGCGACGCUCUGGUACAAAGGAAUGCCCGGCUGGAGGCAAGGCAAUAUCGUAUACAAGUCUAUAAUGACGCUAUUAGUUUUUCUAACACUACCAGUACUAGCAUUUAUUUAUAUCAUAGCUCCACAUAGUAGGAUUGGAAAAUUCGUCCGGACUCCAUUAGUGAAGUUUAUUGUGCAUUCAGGAACGUACCUUAUUUAUCUGUCUCUACUCUUCUUUCAAUCAAAGUACACAGAAACAAUAUUUAAUAACGGUGACCAUUUGACCGACGAAGAUUUCUAUACUUUUGCAAAAAACUGUAGCGCCCUCGACGACUGGCUCAACAUUUCCCCAAAUUGUGGCAACAAAUAUAGGCUGUUACGCUUUACAAGGCCAAAUGCUUUUGAUAUUAUCAUUAUAAUUUUUUUAGUAGGUAUGUUUUGGAACGAACUGAAACAGGUCUGGUUGGAAGGUAGUCGUAUAUAUUUAUCUUCUUUUUGGAAUUGGCUUGAUAUAGCCAUAUUGAACCUCUAUUUUACAAGCUUCAUCCUGAAAUUUGUCUCCUAUCAUUCAGCGCAGAAAGCAAUAGACUAUUUCAAUGACCCCGACGCAUGUGAAGGUCUGGAGUCAAACAGUAGUGUGGUUAAUCGGCAUAUUUAUUACCUGUCGUCUGAUCGUAAAUGCUGGGAUCCACACGACCCCGUUUUUCUAGCUGAAGGACUUUAUGCAUUAGCAAACGUGAUUAGUUUUACACGGGUUACGGAAGUUUUAGCGGCUAGUGAAUUUCUAGGCCCACUUCAAAUCUCACUAGGUCGCAUGUUGGGUGAUAUUCUCCGCUUCGGCAUCGUAUUCGGACUUGUUUUUGUAGCCUUUCUUUGUGCUAUGUAUAAUCUUUAUUGGUAUCAUCCGAUAAGUGUUAUACCAGGUCAAGAAGUGGAAAAUGCAUUUGGAUCAAUUAGCAAUACAUUCUUAACACUAUUCUGGGCGUUGUUUGGGUCGGUCAGUAGAGAUAUUCCUAUAGUCCUAUCGUCUGUGGAUGAUUGUUAUAGCAUCACCGAAAUAGUUGGUACCAUACUUUUUGCGCUGUACCACGUGGUCAUGGUCCUUGUUAUGCUGAACAUGCUUAUUGCUAUGAUGUCAAACUCGUAUCAAGAAAUUGAGAAUGACGAGGACGUGGAAUGGAAGUUUGCUCGAGCCCAAUUAUGGAUAUCAUAUUUUGACAACAGUGCUACUUUACCCAUUCCAUUCAAUUUGAUCCCCAGUCCCAAGUCCUGCCUCUACAUAUAUAAAUGGUUUAAAGGAUUUUUCAAGGCAAAAGAACCAAUACAGAACAUACCAAUGAGAACACGUGCGCGCUCAUCUUUAUCAGAUAGGAGAAAUGGUGUGUUCCAUGUCAUGGGAUCAGGAUUUCGACAGUCUGGGGAAGACAAAAAUCAGGUAAAUCUGAAGAGAUGGGGUAUGGAAAUCUCUAGGCUUGUGGAAACGGGGAUGCUCUCCAUCACAUCCUUCUUCUGUAAGCGUUCCUGGACCAGAGCCGUCUCACAACUACUGAUAUUAGAACUGCUGAUGAGGGCCUUAGAGCUCUCCCUCUCACCUCCGGAUAUUCAUUCUGACCCUGUUUCCGGAUUCCAUGAUGUCCCCCAUUUUACCACCAUCCCUCUUGAGAGAGAACUCGAUGAGAUUAAGAAUAACAUUUCCAGUCUUCGUUUUGAAUUGAUAGAACAACUAUCUCAUCAACCGAGGACACUAGCCCCCGCUAAUUCGGAAUCAUUCGACAAUGAAGAUAGUAUUAAAAAUAAACUAGCUUCGAUUGAACAAACUAUGGGCAACUUGAGCAACCGGAUCGAUGAGCUUCGAGACGACUUGGUUCUUCCAAGAAGCGAUGAUUGCCGUGAUAUAAACAUUGAGUACAAACAUUUACAGAACAAUGAAGGGCAUGUGAAUCCAGCCUACGUAGAACAUGCAUCAGAGCUAGAAAAACCAGAUUACGUCUGA